AUGUCGGGAGCUAUAACUUGCUCUGCGUCCGAUCUCUCGGCCCUGCUCGGCCCCAACGCCACGGCGGCAGCAGACUACAUCUGCGGCCAAUUAGGUACCGUCAACAACAAGUUUACCGAUGCAGCCUUUGCCAUUGACAACACUUACCUCCUCUUCUCGGCUUAUCUCGUCUUCUCGAUGCAGCUCGGGUUCGCAAUGCUCUGCGCUGGCUCGGUUAGAGCCAAGAAUACGAUGAACAUCAUGCUUACCAAUGUCCUUGACGCUGCAGCCGGAGGUCUCUUUUACUAUCUCUUUGGUUACGCCUUUGCCUUUGGUGGAUCUUCUGAGGGUUUCAUCGGAAGACAUAAUUUUGCUCUUAGAGACUUCCCGACUCUCACAGCCGAUUACUCUUUCUUCCUCUACCAAUGGGCGUUCGCAAUCGCGGCCGCUGGAAUCACUAGUGGUUCGAUCGCGGAGAGAACUCAGUUCGUGGCUUACUUGAUCUACUCUUCUUUUUUAACCGGAUUUGUUUACCCGGUUGUCUCUCACUGGUUUUGGUCUCCGGACGGAUGGGCCAGCCCAUUCCGUGCCGCAGAAGACCGUUUGUUUAGCACCGGAGCCAUUGAUUUUGCUGGUUCUGGUGUUGUUCACAUGGUUGGUGGCAUCGCUGGAUUAUGGGGUGCCCUUAUCGAAGGUCCACGGAUUGGAAGGUUUGAGAAAAAAGGCGGUCGCGCCAUUGCUCUUCGUGGCCACUCUGCCUCUCUCGUCGUCUUAGGGACAUUCCUCCUCUGGUUCGGUUGGUACGGUUUUAACCCCGGUUCCUUUGCCAAAAUCCUUGUUCCGUAUAAUUCCGGUUCGAGCUACGGCCAAUGGAGCGGAAUAGGGCGGACAGCGGUUACAACCACGCUCGCCGGAUGUACUGCGGCCCUAACUACACUCUUUGGAAAACGUCUCCUCUCGGGCCACUGGAACGUAACCGACGUAUGCAAUGGGCUACUCGGUGGGUUCGCUGCCAUAACUGGUGGUUGCUCUGUGGUAGAGCCAUGGGCUGCCAUAGUUUGCGGUUUUGUGGCUGCCCUUGUCCUUAUCGGAUGCAACAAGCUCGCGGAGAUCCUACAAUACGACGAUCCACUCGAGGCGGCGCAACUACAUGGAGGAUGUGGUGCGUGGGGGCUGAUAUUUGUAGGACUGUUUGCAAAGGAGAAGUACCUAAACGAGGUAUACGGUGCGACCCUAGGAAGGCCAUACGGGCUAUUAAUGGGCGGAGGAGGGAAGCUAUUGGGAGCACAACUGGUUCAAAUACUUGUGGUUGUGGGAUGGGUUAGUACCACAAUGGGAACACUCUUCUUCAUCCUCAAAAAGCUCAAUCUUCUUAGAAUCUCAUCGGAGGAUGAGAUGGCCGGAAUGGAUAUGACACGUCACGGUGGUUUUGCGUAUAUCUACCAUGAUAAUGAAGAAGAGUCUCAUAGGGCCAUUCAACUUCAAAGAGUGGACGCUUGA